CGGGCUGAGGCGCUGGGGGCUGCGAAGGGAGGCGGCGCUGGUGUCUGCGUGCGGCGGCCUGCGAUGAAGCCGCCUAUUUCAAUUCAAGCAAGUGAGUUUGAUUCCUCAGACGAAGAGCCUAUUGAAGAUGAACAAACUCCAAUUCAGAUUUCAUGGCUACCUCUGUCACGAGUGAAUUGUUCUCAGUUUCUUGGUUUAUGUGCUCUUCCAGGUUGUAAGUUUAAAGAUGUUAGAAGAAAUAUUCAAAAAGAUACUGAGGAACUAAAGAGCUAUGGGAUACAAGACGUAUUUGUUUUCUGCACCAGAGGGGAACUGUCAAAAUACAGAGUCCCAAACCUAUUGGACCUCUACCAACAGUAUGGAAUUGUCACUCAUCAUCAUCCAAUCCCAGAUGGAGGGACUCCUGACAUAGGCAGCUGCUGUGAAAUCAUGGAGGAGCUUGCCAUCUGCCUCAAAAACAACCGGAAAACCUUAAUCCACUGUUACGGAGGACUUGGGAGAUCUUGUCUUGUAGCCGCUUGUCUCCUCCUGUACCUAUGUGACACAAUGUCACCACAGCAAGCCAUAGACAGCCUGCGGGAUGUCAGGGGAUCCGGAGCUAUACAGACCAUCAAGCAAUAUAAUUACCUUCACGAGUUCCGGGACAAACUAGCUGCGUAUUUGUCAUCAAGAGAUUCACUCUCAAGAUCUGUGUCGAGAUAAGGAAUUCCAAAUACACGACCAUCUCUGAAGUUUUUAAAUUCUCUGGCUUCAUUUGUGCUCAAACAAAAUUACUAGUACUACCACCUUGAAUGUAAAUUUGUAUGUGCAGAUAUCCCUAAAGCUUUUAUUGACAAAA